AAAUUGUAAACCCUAGCUAAACCUUCACAACAAAUCUCUUCCUCUCCAUCUCAGUUUCUCCGAAAUUUCACAGAGAAGACAAAAGUCGGCUCACAGAGUUACUCUCAAUCAGCAACGAUGAGACCUCCAAUGACCAGAGGACGCGGCGGUGGUGGAUUCAGAGGAAGAAGUGAUGGCGGCGGCGGUAGAGGCAGAGGAGGAGGAGGUAGAGGUUUUGGAGAUGGAGGCGGUCGUGGUAGAGGAAGAGGUGGAGAUAGAGGCAGAGGAAGCGGUGGUAGAGGCAGAGGAAGAGGAGCAGGUCGUGGUGGUGGUGGAAUGAAAGGUGGAAGUAAAGUUAUUGUUGAACCACAUAGACAUGAAGGUGUUUUCAUUGCUAAAGGUAAAGAAGAUGCGCUUGUGACUAGAAAUAUGGUUCCUGGUGAAGCUGUUUAUGGUGAGAAGAGAGUUUCUGUUCAGAAUGAUGAUGGGACAAAGAUUGAGUACAGAGUCUGGAAUCCUUUUAGAUCAAAGCUUGCUGCUGCUAUCCUUGGUGGUGUUGAUAACAUAUGGAUUGUACCUGGAGCUAGAGUUUUGUAUCUUGGGGCUGCUUCUGGAACUACUGUGUCUCAUGUGUCUGACCUAGUUGGACCUACUGGUAUUGUCUAUGCUGUGGAGUUUUCACAUAGAAGUGGAAGGGAUUUAGUUAACAUGGCAAAGAAGCGUACCAAUGUUAUACCUAUCAUUGAAGAUGCUAGACAUCCUGCUAAGUAUAGGAUGUUGGUUGGAAUGGUUGAUGUUAUUUUCUCUGAUGUUGCUCAACCUGAUCAGGCUAGGAUCUUAGCUCUCAAUGCUUCAUUUUUCCUUAAAAAUGGUGGUCACUUUGUGAUAUCAAUCAAGGCGAACUGUAUCGACUCCACAGUUCCAGCAGAGGCAGUGUUUGCACAAGAAGUGAAGAAACUGCAGCAAGACCAGUUCAAGCCAUCUGAGCAGGUCACACUAGAGCCUUUUGAGCGUGAUCAUGCUUGUGUUGUUGGUGGUUACAGGGUACCCAAAAAAGCUAAACCGUCUGCUUAGGACUGGACAGAAAAGUAUCUUCUUCUGUUUUAGUAAUGGAAGGCUAUUAGUUAUGUUUAUUUUGGUUUUGAUCCUAUGUCUGGGUUUACAUUUACAUUACUUUUUCUGGUCUUUUUCUCGUUUAAGUUAUCUUGUAGAUACCUGUUCCGGAAAUGUGGAAUCCUGGUAACUAGUUUCUUGAUAUAUGUGAUCAUCAGAAUUUAAAGAAGCAUAUGAUUCUCGUCUUAGCUCAAGUUUGAA